UCGCGUCGGGCCGUACAAGCAGACAGUUGCUCGUUCAGUGUUCUACUGUACUUAACAGGAUAACGGAUUAUCAGCUAUCGUAACACAGGUGUUUUAUUAUCGCCUCGGAAAUUUCUGUCGCUAUUCUCUGCGUUGUGUCACACGAGCGUGUGUAUCAAGUGUCGGUAACAUGUGAAGUGAUCGGACUUUUCAACAUAGAAUAAUAUCAUAUUUCGUAAUCGAAAAAAGACAGUAUUUCCAGUUACCGGACUAAAAUAGGUGCCGCCCCUCAGACUGACAGGCAAUGAACUAUCUCCAAUGAGCACUGGCUGAAGGCUUGAAGCGACCUUGUAAGAGCGUUGACGAUGCGAUCGGAACCCGCAGAAGAUGCAGUGGCGGCUGCUGCGAUGGCAACGAGCAGCGAGUCCACGGAUCUAGCAGGUUGCUGGGAGCAGCACGAGGGCUCGGACGAGUCGUCCUCCGGCGGGAGAAGGAGCCGCUCUGCCCGCAGAUCCAGGCCGGUUUCCACCGUGGCUCCUGAACUCGACCUCACUGACUCAUCAUCCGUGAGCGAUGAUACAACGACCUACACUACGAGAAGUUCCCGCCGUCUACAGAACGUGUCAGCUACCUCGAGCCAAUAUCUGUCUGUGCCAAAUUCAGUAGGGACGGCAGCUUCGUCAAGAAGACGAAAACCAGUGCUCAGUGCCAAGGAGAGAAAUCUGAGACGACUGGAAAGCAACGAGAGGGAGAGAAUGAGAAUGCACAGCCUCAACGAUGCGUUCCAGUCCCUGCGAGAAGUCAUUCCACAUGUGAAGAAAGAACGACGGCUAUCCAAAAUAGAAACACUCACCCUAGCAAAAAACUAUGUUAUGGCCCUAACGAAUGUCAUCUGUGUAAUGAGAGGUGAAGUUUCACCAUACGCAGCUGCCCUUGGUGCAGAUGGGGACAGUGUAACAUCCCACAGCAUUGGGCAACCAUCUCCAGCGGCAGUUGCCCCUGACCAGGCAUCAAUGCCAACUCCAACACUUGAUGACCAUGAAAACAGUUUCUAUGAGACAACAAUCCUUUAAUCUUUUGGAAUAUGGUGAUCAAUGUGUUUAGAUAUACUGAAGUUCAGAUAAUUAUGGAUAAUUUUUUAACUUGAAAUUGGCAGUGUUACAUGAGACGCAACAAUGAAGACGACACCAAAAUGGCACAUCAUGACAUAAAAUGUCCAGAAACUUCAUGUGAUCACAGUGGCCAUUCAACUAAUGACAUUCCUUUCGGUUAUUAAGAAAUGCAUGGGUGAAAAUUCCAUGUUCAUCUUCAGAAACUUGCAACAUUUGUGUCUCUCAUUGAUCUUUCAAGCAUACUAAACCAAAGAUCUUCAUAUCUAGUACAUACAUGUAUGACAGGGGAAAUGACUGUAAGCCAUUUUCCAUGUGGAUGUCUAACAAAUUGUUUUGACACUUCAACAGUGAACUUUAAGCAUUUGUGAUACACCUAUGGGAGAUACUUUAAAACUAUCAUAUAUAAUUACAAAGAAUGAAUAUUAUGAUGGGGAAGUACCUUUCCAAAGGGGCAGAGUUCUUUUUUCCUGAUGCUGUGCAUGAAGAGAAGUCAGAAACAUACUACUGCACUAUGGGGGAGGGGGGCUACUUAGAAGAAACUAAGGUUAGAAAUACGUUUUAAAACAUGACACAGAACUCGGUAGACAGAACUACUGAUGCUUUUAGAAAAUAAAGCAGUGACUCAAUCAAGAAAUCAAGAAGUCAAGAAACACACCAAAUAUAUACAGUAUCUCCAUGUAAUUUAAGAAUAACUUACAGUAAAUGAAUUUCAUAAUAAUAAGAAUUCUGCAACCAUGAGGAUUUUUAGCCACAGAAAAAGGUUAUUUUAAGACUACAAGAGAAUUUAUGAAUAAAUAAAAUAUGUAGCCAAUCAUGUCCUGGAUAUUUUAAAAUAAACAAGGUCAGUAAAAUGCUUA